UGUCCAAAUUUCAUUCACCCCGUUCUUCCCUCUUUCAAUGGCGAUGAACCCUAGUUUCCACUUUCGUCCAAAUCGAGCUCCAUUUGUGCGGAAAAAGAUCUCGGACUUGAGUUCGAGUUUGGAGGUGUGGGUUUGGUGCGUGCUCUGGUCUGUGGACUUGAGUUCGAGUUUGGAGGUGUGGGUUUCUAUCUCAGAGCGACUAGUCUGUGCUCUGGUAAUUUCUUUUCUCUAAUUGAGUUUGGGCUGCCUGCAUAUGAUUCGAGUAUAUAUAUAAGUAUGUUUAUAUGUAUUCCAGUUUGUGAUUUGUAGGUGUAUGGCUGUGUAAUAUGUUCAAAAAUGUGUGGGUAUUUGGCUUGUGUUUAUAAAUUUUAAAAAUGUAUGUGUUCGAGUUUGUUUAUGUUGUAUGUUUACUAAUUGAGUUUAGAUGAAUUUGUGUUUGUUUUAUGGAAUUGAACCUUACAGCGUGGAGUUGUCUCCAACGGGAGUUUUAAUACGCCUCAAGAUUCAACAAAGUCCUGAUUAUGCUGAAGAGGCUGACUUUGAAAAAGGAUAUCAAGACUUCAGAACUCGACUGGAUAACUAUGAAAAAGUUUAUGAGCCAGUUGAUGAAGGAUCUUAUAUCAAAGUGAUCGAUAUGGCCAAAGGCCAGGGUGGCCAAAUACAAGGUGGUCCUCAUAACCACACAAUUGGGGGACUUGCAGUCUGCCUGAAGUAUGUCCAUAUUUUCACAUGGACAGAUGGACAAUUGAAAGAACUUUGUCCAAUAAUUGUAGUUGCAAUGACUUUGGGAAUAUAAUGAUUCUGGGUUUUGUUUAGAACUGCUGAUUUUGGGAGUAUAAUGAACUCAAUGUGUAGUUGCAAUGACUUAUGAAGUAGUAUUGCUUUUGGUAUCUUUGACAUUCGAUGUACAAGUACAUGAAUUAUGUAAUUAGU